AUGGAUAACACGGAUAAUAGCAAUAAUACUUCGGCCAAUCAAACGGCAAACUCCGGUGGCGAUACACCUUCGUCAAUAAACCAACAGAACAUAACGCCAUCAGGUGAACAACAACCAACAAGAAAUGGUAAUAAUGAUACUGGUAAUGGUGCCCUUCGAGGUUAUUCCAGAGCUCGGGAAAUGUAUCAUGAUUGGAUCUCCAGUAACCGUGAGGCUGUAGGUCCAAGUAGUAUUGUGGUUAAUGAAGAUCAUAGCGGAGAUAGUUAUAAUAUUUUGAGUCGGAUAUUGGGCGGAUUGAAUGAUAACCUUAAUAAUAGUAAUACCAAUAAUAAUAAUAAUAAUAAUGAAGCUCAGUCGGUACCUGAUAGUGCUGAUGAUUCGAAUCUGACAUCUCCUGCGCUGACUUUAUUAGGAACAGAACAAGCAUCCAGACCAGGGAAUGCGACUGAACGAGAUUCUGCCUCUGGGACCACCACUGGAUCUUCUGUCCCUGAUUCUGCUACUGAUUCUGCUCCAGCUAGUGGUAACACAGGUGAUAGUAACAGUGACCCUUCAUCAUCAUUUUCUCCUUCAACUGGGGCUGCUGUUGAGGGCUCCUCGACUUCCUCGUCAUCAACUUCCAACCCUACUGAUGCUACUGCUAUGGAUAAUGAGAAUGAUGGACAAAUUAUCAUCACUGUCAACUAUGCAUUUUCAGAUGAAAACAACCCUGCUAACCCUAACAGAACGGGAUCUUUGGUCAUGACUAUCCCUAAUGUUGCAUCAAAUAGAACUCCUGGAGUUAUUGACGAAUUAAUAUUAUUAGCAACCCAGUUGGCAUAUUCAUCUAUUGUUGAUGGUAUGAAAGUCCAUAAAGGGAUUACAGUGGAGAAGUUCAAUUCCUUUGCCGUUCGGGAUUCUGGCACAUUGCUUGACAAAAACUGUUCUAUUUGUUUUGAAGAGUUCCAAGGUUUGAGUCUUAAUGAUAAUAUCAAAAAGAGAUCUCGUGAAGACUUAUUAGACACUGUCAAGAGAAGGAAACAAGAUUCACCAGCACCCACAGAAACUCCUUCCAAUGACGUUACAUCUUCAUCAACUUCUGCAUCAACUUCAACUUCAACUUCAACUUCUGCAUCUACAUCGUCCUCUUCAAGCUCAAGAGGUAAUAAUAAUAAUCAGCAGCCUCAAUAUCUUGCUGAAGUGACGACUAAUUUCCUUCAUGUCCCCAUAGAGAUACCAUGUGGACAUGUUUUUGGAAAAUCGUGUUUAUGUGAAUGGUUUAAAGAACAUUCAUCUUGUCCCUUGUGUCGUUCCUCAGUGACUGCAACGGAUAAGAUGGAUCCUAGUAAUAAUAAUGAACUGGACACCACUGGGAAUAAUACCCAAGAGAAUCCAGAUAAUCAAACAGGUGCCAACAUCCAAGAUGAAUCAAAUUCUACCACUACAGCCACUAAUGAUUCUUCUACAAAUACUACUGUUGCUCCUGCUAAUGAUCGACCACGAAUGCAAACGUUUACUAUUUUUAGUACAAGCACUCCUACAUCAAUAUUUCCUCGGUUCCCCAGAAGACCGAACCAAUUUGGAGCUGCUCCGAAUCCUAGAGAGGUGGUGAUUCCAAAUAGUACUUCUACUACCACUACUCCACGAGAAAGGGGCAAUGAUACUGAAAGUUUUAUAUCAAGUUUAUUGUCACUUUUCAGAAGACCACAAACAGCAAGCCCUGAGCCUCUUUUCCCCACGACCAUUGGAAGUAGAAGAACAGCAAAUGGAAUAGAGACAACGCAUGAUGAAGGAGUUCAUGAGCUUACUAAUUUAAGAAGUUUGAUUAAUGGAGAAACAAGUCAAACUAACGAUACCCCAAAUGAUGGUGAUGAUAACAACGAAACCAAUAACCAAGAAAAUGCUGAUCAUAACGAAGCCAAUAACAAUGAUGAAACCACGGACACGGCAUGA